AUACCGGUGUCAUUGUUACCGUGCUGCCGUUGGGUGUUUUCGCGCAUUGCGAGUUUUUCAUCAUCUAGACGGUCGCUGUGCGACGCAAAGAUCUUACAUACGAAAUUUUACGGCGUCGCGUGUCAACAAAAUCAAAUAACCAAACAUUAUGCUCUCCUCAAUAUUAAUAGCCGUGGUCGCCUCGACAUUGGCAACAGCACAUACAGUCAUUACUUAUCCAGGAUGGCGAGGAGAUAAUCUUAUUCAGAAUUCGUCAUUCCCAUAUGGCAUGCAAUGGACUUAUCCAUGUGGCGGCAUACCAUUAACAACAAAUAGGUCGUAUUGGCCGACUACCGGUGGUGCUGUCGCAUUUCAACCAGGUUGGUUUCAAGGACAUCAGACUGCGUUCCUCUACAUAAAUCUCGGCUUUGGGACCGAUGGCCCAGAUCACGGGCCGGCGAACAUGUCCUUUCCGAUGAUUUCUCCCUUUCAACUUCUCGGUCCUUCAAAAGGCCCAUAUCCCGGUACCGUCUGCUUGCCGCAAGUCCCACUACCGACCAAUAUGUCCUUUAAUGCCGGGGAUAACGCGACGAUACAAGUUGUCGAGAUAGCGCAACACGGAGCUGCCCUAUUUUCGUGUGCCGACAUCACAUUCGCCGAACCGGGCGACGAGAGAAUCGCUAAGGUCAACGAAUCCAAUUGUUUUAAUAGUACGGACCUCGGUUUCGCUGAGAUCUACACCAUUACAACACAAGAGAUCGGUGCCGCAGCCAACAUGACGACCAGCAGCGCAGCUAGUUUCUGGUACCGGACUUCUUCCGCUUGGAGCUGGCUAGGCUUCCUGCCCGUGACCAUGUGUUCUCUAUGGUUCUUGUUAUAGAUUCCAAUGGAACAUCCCAAGCCGCGAUGACGAGACGAUGGGAAUGGUUAGGGUAACGAAGUUUCUUUUUUUGAGUCGAUCACUGUAUCUAUAUAUACCACUUAGCAUCUCGAAUUGGCGUAUAAGGCGAAUGAAUGGGUGCUUUUGUCUGGGCGCUGAUAAGCGGAUGGCUGGGCCUUAUAAUUAUGGGAAUAAAGGAGAGAUUCGAGUCUCCUUUCUAGGUAGCUAUACUACCUAUCAUCCCUCGGCGGAUGUUCCAUAGAAUAUUAACAUACCUAGGUAGCUUUGAGAUUUUUGGAAAAAAAUUCAAUGGGUACCAAGAUAACCCGUGUAUGAAUGCAAUACGUCCCCACGAAAAGCUGCUACGUAACGUCCGUGACUAAUUCGUUAAUGCCUAUGUUGAAACACGACCUUGGGCGUAUCUGAAUUACUUGGUUGCACUUAAGUGGUGUGCCUUAUACGUAUAUAGGAGCGUGGGUUUUGCACGUCGGUUGGUGACGCAACUCGUCAGAAGAGGCGCUUAAGGCAUGCUCCAGAAGCCCCUGAAACUGGCAUAUCACUCAUUCAAGA